AUGGCGCUCUUCCUGAUGAGAAAAUGGGAGGACACAGUGCAAAGGGUUCAGAGUCUUCGGCAAGCGGUGGCCGAAUCCACUUGGAAGCUUCGUCAAGUCGAAUUUACUCAUUUGCGUCCCUUGGAAGAGUGCCUGACGGACUGGGCGGGUCUCUUCGCCGGCCUCUCUCACAUGCGCGGUGAGUUGCAGGGCAUCUCGCGAGCCUCAGUCAUUGCCGUGGCCUUGGUAGGCCUAAAGGCUGUGCGGGUUCUGAACCGCAUAGUCGACACCGCCUUGAAAGAGCUCCUCAAGCAGCAGAGCUUCCUGUCCAGGGGCCUUUUCCUGUAUGCUGCAGGCUCCGGCUGGGCAAUAAUGUAUGCCUACUGGGGGACGAUUACCGAGCGGUUGAAUGCUGCCCGCGAGCGUGAGAGACUGCGUGAGGGCGGUCAUACGGGUGAUUUGGAGAAUCGGGCAGAGUGGUUGGUCCAAUUAAUCCACAACCUGAAGCGUCUUCCCGCGUUCUUUUGGUACUCGAGCAUGGUCUCCUGCCUCGUGUCACUGCAGAUAGGGCAGGGCUUGGUUGUGCGGUCCAUGAAGCGUCUCGCCGAAUCCUCUGCUGGCACUCGGCUACUGCCACUUCUGGGGCUUGGCCUCUUCUUUUUUGCUGACGUUGCCAACAAGCGCACCGAGCAUAUCGUGCACGAGGUGGCGGAGGACGGGCGCAGUUUAGGACCGCAAGGAGAAGGUGAAGGAGACGCAGAGAAGCAAUGCAGCGAGACCCAGGACGCGUCGUGCUUCAGGGAAGUGUAA